AUGUGGUUGAAAGGAGUAUUAUAUGCUCCAGAUUUGAAGUGUUCUUUAAUUUCUGUGGCAAAAUUACUCAAAGCCAUAAAGGGUUCAUCUAUUACGUUCACAGCUGACUUGUGUGUUUUGCAGGACCAUACCAAGAAGACUCUGAUUGGUGCGGGUGAAGAAUGUGGUGGGGUCCAUGUUUUUCGCGGAGCUCUAGGAGGGAGAGCUCAUAAAGCAGCAGCAACUAGUAGUAUUUCCAAAGAUGUUUGGCAUAGAAGACUUGGUCAUCCGUCUGAUAGAGUCUUGUCUCAUUUACCUUAUUCUAUUUGUACUGUUAAGUCUGCCGAGAAUGAUGCGGUUUGUGACGUUUGUUUUAGAGCAAAACAGACUCGAGAUUCUUUUCAUGAAAGUGAUAAUAAAGCUGCUGGUAUUUUUGAUUUGAUUCAUUGUGAUGUGUGGGGUGGAUACCGGACUCCUUCCUCCUCUGGUGCAGUUUAUUUUUUAACGAUUGUUGAUGACUACUCACGUGCAGUUUGGGUAUUCUUGUUGGUUGAAAAAAGGGAAGUUGCGUUGACAUUGCAGAAUUUUUUUGCCAUGGUCGAAAGACAGUUUGAGAAGCAAGUAAAAAUGGUGAGAAGUGAUAAUGGGACAGAAUUUACAUGCAUGAAAUCCUACUUUGCAAAGGAAGGUAUUAUACAUCAAACGUCUUGUGUAGGAACACCACAACAAAAUGGACGUGUUGAGAGGAAACACCGUCACAUACUUAACGUGGCUAGAGCUCUAAUGUUUCAAGCUAAAGUUCCAAUCAAGUUUUGGGGCGAAUGUGUUCUGUCGGCGUGUCAUCUUAUUAAUAGAACACCAACACCUUUGUUAGGUGGCAAAACACCAUACGAGCUCCUCUUUGGGGCGCCUCCAGAUCUUGAUAGCUUGAGAGUGUUUGGAUGUCUUUGUUAUGCACACAAACAGCUUCGGGAUAAAGACAAGUUUGCAGAACGUAGCCGUAAGUGUGCUUUCAUGGGAUAUCCGUAUGGAAAGAAAGGAUGGUAUUUGUAUGAUCUCGACACUGGUGAAUUCUUUGUCUCGAGGGACGUAGUGUUUCACGAAGAUGUUUUCCCGCUUGCAAUGGUUGAGACUCCUCAGUCACAACAAAUUUUUGAUGUACCUUCUCCGUUUGUUGAUAAUGAUGAGAUUGUGCCUAUUAGCGACAGGGGGAGUUUACCAUCACCUCCAGAAGAGGAGAAUGCUAUUAAUGAAUCACCUAUCAGGGAUGUUGUUGAAAAUCCGCAGCCUGGAGUCGAACUAGAAGUAGAAUUGGGUCGAGGACUUAGAGAAAAGGUUAAGUCAACAAAACUUCGUGAUUUUGUGUUGUAUACUGCUCAAUGCUCCAAUGACCCCCCCACAUCUCUCCUCAACACCUUCAGAUUCUUCUUCAGGUACGGUUCUAUAUCCUAUUGCAAACUAUGUAGGAUGUAA